AUGUCGCCCAAAACCGGGUGUCUGCCUUCGUACCAACCUCGGGAAAACGAAACACGUAACGAAUAUUGGCGUGAAAUGUCAAAUGCUAAUUGCAACUUUACCAAAGCAGAGGUCGUUAUUGUGGGUGGAGGCAUAUCUGGAAUGUGUAUGGCCAUCGAUCUGUUGAUCAACCGAGGGUUCAAGAACAUUAUAGUCCUUGAAAAAGGAGGCGGGUUUGGAGGAACUUGGAGAGACAACAAAUUUCCUGGUUGCUGUUGUGAUGUCUUCAGUGUGCUUUACUCGUACUCCUUUGCUCAGAACCCCACUUGGUCUCGUCGGUAUCCGGGUCAGGAAGAGAUCCUGGAAUAUCUGACCGACGUCGCUCAACGAUACGGUCUCUACAAAUAUACUCGAUUCCACACGACAGUCGAGGCGGUAAACUGGGACGACAAAACCCUCAAGUGGGAAACUACGGUGACAGUUGGCGAAGGGAAAGAGUCGGAAUUCACUCCUACCUACAAAAUCACCAGUGAUUUUCUGGUUGCUGCGACUGGUCAACUCAACAACCCAAAAGGUAUUGAGGUCCCUGGGUACACCGAUUACCAAGGGAAAAUCAUGCAUUCCUCCAGGUGGGACUGGAGCUAUGAUUUAAAAGGAAAGCGAAUUGCUAUCAUUGGGACAGGUGCAACCACCGCCCAGAUUGCCCCAGAAGUCGCGAAACUGGCAUCUCAACUUACUAUCUGUCAAAGAACACCAGCAUGGGUUAUCCCACGACAUGAUUCCAAAAUACCCCACUGGAAGCAAACGAUGUUUGCGUUUCUCCCACCAGUACGCUGGCGAGCACGCGCAGAGGCGAUGGACUUCCGAGAGUCAUUUCACUCCGCAGUCACACAAGCUGACUCUGCUUAUGCUGAUCUAAUGAGGUCUAUGAACUACAAUCUCUUGAGAGAGCAGCUUCCCGAUCGUCCCGACCUCUGGGACAAACUCUCCCCCAACUACCAUCCUGGGUGCAAAAGAACGGUAAUCAGCGAUGACUAUUAUCCUACCCUUCUGCGAAAGAAUGUUAGGUUGGAGACCGACAAGAUCGAACGCUUUACCAUUGAUGGCAUCAAAUUCGAAGGGCAUGAUUCCGCAGACAAUUUCGACUUGAUCGUGCUGGCGACGGGAUUUGACACGUUCUCAUUCUUGUCACCAAUCAAGAUCACAGGGCGCAACUGCAGGCCAUUGGAGGAGAUUUGGACAAAAGCUCCGUACGCUUAUAAGGGGGUCACGGUGCCAGAUCUUCCAAAUUUUGGCAUGCUUUAUGGCCCAAAUACAAAUCUCUCUCACAAUUCUUUGAUACUUGUCAUCGAGGCCCAGACAAAGUAUAUCUCAGUCAUUGUCGACAAAGUUCUGCAGGCCAGGCGCAAAGGCGACGGACUGGCAUUGUGCCCGUCGGAAGAGAAAACGCUGAACUAUUGGCUUGAUCUACAAAUGGCAUUACAAAAGACAUCCUUCGCUGACCCCAACUGUAACAGUUGGUGGAAGCGAGCUGACGGUCUCAUUACGAACAACUGGGCGGGUACGGCUAUUGAUUACCAAAAGAAUUUAGCAACAGUGGAGUGGGCAGACUACAAUGCGUUCGGCCUUGCUGGCUUUGAGGUUGACAUGUUUGGAGCAACCGGCAAAGUCACCAAGAUCCGAAGGGUGGUGGAGGAGACGACUCUGAGUAGAGCUUCUGUCGGAGUCCUUUUUGUGGGCGUUAUUGGGUUUAUUGUGCAGAGUAUUGCGUGGAGAAUGGGAGCAUAA